AUGCAGCUCGGGGCGUCGGGGAGGUUAAACCUCGAGUCGAUGCCAUGCGAGAUCCUCCGCAUGAUCGCCGGGUGCUUCUCGCUCUCUCCCUACGAGGCCGGCGAUCCGGUGCUGAGCCCAGAGUUUCUCGAAAACAGGCGGGAGCUGCGCCGCCUGUGUCUCGUCUCGCGCAAGCUGUGGCACGCCGCCGUCCCGUUCCUGUACGAGGUUGUCAUCACCCACGGUCCGGGCCAGGAAAAAUCAGACAGGAAGCUCCCGCCGCUCCUGCUGCUACUGAGAAGCCUGCUGGCGAACCCCAGCCUGAGGCCUAGGAUACGGCACAUGGCUUGCCUCGUCAGCCUAAAGGGGUCCAAGGUCACGGCGCAAGAGCUGGAGGCGGUGCGGAGGCUGUGGAAUUCAGAGUGCCUGGGAAUAAGGAUCCGGACAAGGGCGGACGUGAGGGUGCUGGAGCUGGCGGACCUACCAGUCAGGAUACGGAAGAUACGGAAGGGCGGGGAGGAGGAUGAUGACCACACGCAAAUUUUCACAGGGGACGAAGCCGAUGACGAAUACGAAACCUCGUACCUCGCCGAGACGACACGGAUACCGAACCGGGCGGAAUUGGACGGGCUAGGGGAGCGCAUAUUCGCCGCCAUUCUGUGUCUGGCGUCCAAGCUAGACUCGGUGGCGUUCCAGAUGCCGCGGUGCGCGACGGUGCCGACAAAAGUGGACGCGAUAAAAUGCACAGUGACGAGCGGCAUCAUCGACCGGGCGAUGCGGGACGAAGUCGUCGGCGCAAACGUACUGCAGAACCUGACCACGGUCAAGGUGCAGCCCGACAUGCGCAUGUUUAUGUACUACGGAUGGGACGACGAGAUCGGGGACGACGAGGAGCCCUGCCGCGGUGUGCGGCUCGACGCAUGUCCGGGCCUGUUCAGCGCACCAAACAUCACAACUGUUGAAGGUUUUAAGGAGAGCGGAGGAUGGGACAGGCUGCCGACACAACUAAAAAACGUCAAGGUUGCCGGGAUACUAGAGCCCGACACCGUCAGCACGAUAUGCGACUACCCAAACCUCGAGCGGUUGACGAUACGGCCGGCGGCGUUGGACAUGGCCAAGGCGGAUGUCGAAGACGACGAGUUCAACUCGGCGCUGCUGAAGAGGGCAGACACGCUGAAGCAACUCGACUUUAGAACAAUGGGAAACGAAACAUUAACCACGAGCUACGGGCCCGAAAAGAGGCUACACUGCCUACCCAAGAUGCACAAGUUGGAGGAUCUAACCAUCGAACUCUUUGCACUUUUCGGAACAUCAGACAAACUCCGAACACAAGGACCGCUCGCCGACCUCUUACCACAAGAAGACGACGGCAUCAGCAGCAGCAGCAGCAGCGGCAGCAGUUCCUGCCACCACGCAAACGGACCUUGGCAGCACAGCCGACCGAAAUCCACCAGCAGCCUGCGGAGGCUGCAGAUCCUGGAGCAGUGGACGUACGGCGAUCCCGUGUGCCCCCUGCGGGGUGGGGACGCUAGCGUCUUGAGUGCGUACCGCGAGGCGCUCAGGGGGGUCCUGCUCGACUUUGCAAAGGACUGCGGGGCGCAGCGGUUGCCCAAGCUGGAAAAGUUCCGCUUCGUGAGGCACGAGAUGGCAACCCUGUCGGACGGCAAGAGCGCAGAAGCCAUCGGUCAGAGAGAGAUGGAGGAGAAGACUCGAGCAGACUUUGAGCACCUCAAGCAACUAUUUGCCGAGGAAGGGGUUUGCAUGGAGGUGGCGGUGUGA